GAUCGGCUACUUCCGGUUGGAGACGUGGCUUAGCGGCGGUUCUGCCAUAUUGAGCCGCAGACAGGCUGACUGCUGCACACAAACACCUGUUUUAUUUGUCACGACGCGUAUUUUAACUACACAAUACGAUUGCUGCUGAAAGCGUAACGGCGUUGAAGAUUACAGACACUAAACAUGGUGCUGUUGGCCGCAGCAGUGUGCACCAAGGCUGGAAAAGCUCUGGUGUCACGGCAGUUUGUUGAGAUGACACGGACGCGCGUGGAGGGCCUGCUGGCCGCCUUCCCCAAGCUGAUGAACACAGGCAAGCAGCACACGUUUGUAGAGACGGAGAGCGUGCGCUAUGUCUACCAGCCUCUGGAGAAGUUGUAUAUGGUGCUGGUCACCACCAAGAAUAGCAACAUCCUGGAGGACCUGGAGACCCUCCGCCUUUUCUCACGCGUGAUUCCAGAGUACUGCCGCGUGCUGGAGGAAAGCGAGAUCUCGGAGCACUGCUUCGACCUCAUCUUCGCCUUCGACGAGAUCGUCGCCCUUGGUUACAGGGAGAACGUCAAUCUGGCACAGAUUAGGACCUUUACUGAGAUGGACUCGCACGAGGAGAAAGUGUUCCGCGCUGUUCGAGAGACCCAGGAGCGAGAGGCAAAGGCUGAAAUGAGGCGAAAAGCAAAGGAGCUGCAGCAGGCGCGACGGGACGCUGAACGCGGGAAGAAAUCUCCAGGUUUUGGUGGCUUCGGCAGCAGCAGUAGCAGCAGCAGCACAGCCAUUAUCACAGACACACUGGUUGAGCCGGAGAAACCCAAACCCGCUCCAACACCCACCAGGCCUAGUGGUCCCAGCAGAGCCCUCAAACUGGGAGCCAGGGGCAAAGAGGUGGACGACUUUGUGGAUAAACUGAAGUCGGAGGGUGAGAACGUUAUCCUGUCUGGCACUGGCAAGAAACCCUCUGAGGUCUCCAAAUCUCUGCCUGCUCCAGCUAACACAGAGAGUGUGCACCUGCGGAUAGAGGAAAAGAUCACGCUCACGUGCGGCCGUGAUGGAGGGCUGCAGAACAUGGAGAUACUGGGCAUGAUCACACUUCGGGUCUCAGAGGAGAAGAACGGGCGAAUCAGAUUGCUCAUCAACAACAACGAUAAGCAAGGGGUCCAGUUACAGACCCACCCCAACGUGGAUAAGAAGCUGUUCACAGCGGAGUCAAUAAUCGGCCUGAAGAACCCAGAGAAGUCGUUCCCCCUGAACAACGAUGUUGGAGUGCUGAAGUGGAGACUCCAGACCACAGACGAGUCCCUUAUACCGCUAACAAUAAACUGCUGGCCCUCAGAAAGUGGAUCUAGCUGCGAUGUUAACAUUGAGUACGAACUGCAGGAGGAAUCGCUGGAGCUUAACGACGUCGUCAUCUCAAUCCCCAUACCAUCGGGUGUGGGAGCACCUGUGAUCGGUGACCUGGAUGGAGAGUAUCGACACGACAGCAGACGGAAUGUCCUGGAGUGGUGUCUGCCCGUGGUGGAUGUAAAGAACAAGACUGGCAGUCUGGAGUUCAGCAUAGCCGGCCAGCCCAAUGACUUCUUUCCCGUUAAUGUAUCAUUCGUCUCUAAAGGGAACUACUGUGACAUUCAGGUCACUAAAGUGUCUCAGGUGGACGGGAGCAGUCCGGUGCGGUUCUCCACAGAAACAUCUUUCGUGGUCGACAAGUAUGAAAUACUCUAAGGAAGGAACUCGUCAACAAAAACUCCGACACCAGCUUCAGAGAAUAUCAGACCAGUGAUGAGACUGACAGUAAUAUAAACACAGUAUGAACUAGAAAGUGAAAGAUAGAGCAUGAAAAAAAAAAUUGUUCUUCUUUUCCCCCUUUCCAAAAAAAAAACCAACCCUUUUCCUCAUGGCUGACAGUUUUUGCUUUAUUUGUAUCUUUGUACAAAAGUAAAUAGUUCUAUUAAGGGAUUGGUUUGAGAUCAUGAACAAGAAUGACUCUGCCAAACCAAUCAGUUCGAGACCAUAUGGAGCUAACAGGAGAGUAAUUUAUACAAAUCUACCAUUUCUUUUCUCGGUUGUAUAGAUUAUGGAACUUUACUGAAGGUUAAUCUAAUUUAGCAUUAAGGGAAAAUUAGCCAGUAUCAUGUUUUCUACAUGAAUCUGCUUACAUUUUUGUCCUGGGAUUCUGCUCUGUCUGAAAUCCCUGCACUGUUUGUCUUUUCCUGUUUUCAAGUGAAAGAGCCACCAUUGUCCUAACUACUCCUUUCCUGCAUUGGCAGAACCAUGUACUAUGAAAUGGGACCUCAUUUUAUGUGUCUGUUUAUGUUGCCAUCGCCCCCCUCCCCAUGUAUCUUUCUAUCUGCUGGGCUUUUUUUUUUUUAAAUCUCUCACAUCUGCUGUGAAGUGGCCUGCCGUGCAAGUCUAAACUUGUAUCUGGUUCAUUUGCAUUAUCGCCUUUGUCCCUCCCCCACCGCAAUCUGUAAGCCAGUGGCAUGUUGGAUGGCACUGAAAUCCUUUUCGGGGUUUGUAAUAAUUCAGUAAGCCUGCUUUUAUACUUCGUUAUCAAUGAGGCAGUGAUGUUCAGACUUUUGGGCAACACGUGUGAAAACGUGAGUUCCUGGUUAAGCUGGCAAUGUUGUAGAGAGUGCAAUACAUGAGUUGCGGGGUUUGGACGUCAUCAGGGGCCACGUUUACCUAUAAUUUAGAAAGAAGAGGGCCUGUAGUUUUGGUGACGGUUUCAUUCUGCUGUAAUGUGAUGUUAGAUUUGAAGGGGUAGCAUUAAAAGUCCUAGAAGGAUUACAGAAAAAAACCUCAAGUUGUUUCAACCUUUUUGUUGAGUCAGUCAUGAGCUCUGCGUUUGCUAGCGCAGGUCGACGUGCUGUUAGCAGAGAUGAGUGUAUGAGUUUUCACUAAACUUUUCCUUUAAGCACUAGGUCUUUGCAUCAGAAAUGACACUUGAAGCUCUCUGUAUUCAUGCAUUGACUCUUUCCAUUGCUCCAAGGAAAAAAAAGAAAGACAUUCAAGUUUAUUGUUUCGUUGUCUUGUCUGUUUUGUUAAUCAUAUUGCAGGUGGGAAGUGGAAAAAAAUCUAUUCAAAUGUUUUUGGGGUUUUUUUUGUAACUCUGUAAAAUAAUUAAUAGGGUAAUGAUGAGUAACAUUCCAGUGUAAACUUAUUAAAGAAAUGAUUAAAGUGUGUAAAAGGA